AGUGGGGGAAGUGAGAUGACAGCGGUGCACGGUGACAAUUUUGAGCCCAGUUUUAAGUCCCUGAGCCAUAGCUGGCACAGCAGAGCCCAGCAGACGGCAGGAGAGGGAGGGACCUGCAGAGGAGCGCCUGGAUCUACGGCAGUACUGGCUGGCAGCAUGGGUGAAGAGGGGCCUCCCAGUCUGGAGUACAUCAAGGCAAAGGACCUGUUCCCCCAGAAGGAGCUGGUGAAGGAGGAUGACAGCCUUCAGGUGCCAUUCCCAGUUCUUCAGGGGGAAGGGGUGGAAUAUCUUGGCCAUGCUGAUGAAGCCAUUAUUGCCAUUUCUAACUACAGGCUCCACAUCAAGUUCAAGGACUCUGUCAUCAACGUGCCUCUCAGGCUCAUAGAGAGUGUGGAGAGCAGAGAUAUGUUCCAGCUGCACAUUAUCUGCAAAGACUCCAAAGUUGUCAGAUGCCGCUUUGCAACGUUCAAGCUGUGCCAGGAGUGGGUCAAACGUCUGAUCCAGGCCAUUGCUCACCCGUCCCGGCUGGAGGACCUAUUCGCCCUGGCCUACCAUGCCUGGUGUCUCGGAGGCAACACUGACGACGAGGACCAGCAUGUUCAUCUCUGUCGCCCAGGUGAUCAUGUGCGUCACAGAAUGGAAAUGGAGGUCAAGAGGAUGAGCUUUGACACACAGAACAUCUGGAGAGUGUCAGACAUAAACUCCAACUACAAGCUCUGUUCCAGCUACCCUCAGAAGCUCCUGGUUCCAAUCUGGAUCACAGACAAGGAGCUGGAGAGUGUCGCUUCCUUCAGAUCCUGGAAGAGGAUCCCUGUGGUUGUCUACAGGCAUCAGAGGAAUGGGGCUGUGAUCUCCCGUUGCAGUCAGCCUGAGAUCAGCUGGUGGGGCUGGAGGAACACAGAUGACGAGUACCUGGUGACUUCCAUCGCCAAGGCCUGUCAGAUGGACACUGGGGCCAAGGGCUCCUAUGGAACACCAGCCUGCCGUCAACGUGGGGAAGCUCCAGACUCCUCGGAUAGUGAUUUUGACUCCUCUCUAACAGGUGGCUCUGGCUGUGAUGACAACACUGUGCCACAGAAGCUACUGAUUCUCGAUGCUCGCUCAUACACCGCUGCAGUGGCUAACCGAGCCAAGGGUGGAGGCUGCGAAUGUGAAGAGUACUACCCCAACUGUGAGGUGAUGUUCAUGGGAAUGGCGAACAUCCACGCCAUCCGGAACAGCUUCCAAGCUCUGAGGGCCGUCUGCAGUCAGAUCCCGGAUCCAGGGAACUGGCUCUCAGCACUGGAGAGCACCCGCUGGCUGCAGCACCUGUCCGUCAUGUUGAAGGCAGCCACCCUGGUGUGUUCAGCUGUGGAGAGGGAAGGCCGCCCUGUCCUGGUGCACUGUUCCGACGGGUGGGACCGCACGCCCCAGAUCGUAGCCCUUGCCAAGAUUCUACUGGAUCCCUACUACAGAACAUUAGAGGGUUUCCAGGUGCUUGUAGAAACUGAGUGGCUGGACUUCGGUCAUAAGUUUGGGGACCGCUGUGGCCACCAGGAGAAUGCUGACGAUGUGAGCGAACAGUGUCCCGUCUUCCUGCAGUGGCUGGACUGUGUUCACCAGCUGCUCAAACAGUUCCCCUGCCUGUUUGAGUUCAAUGAGGCCUUCCUGGUCAAGUUGGUGCAGCACACAUACUCGUGUCUUUAUGGAACGUUUCUGUGUAACAACGCUCGUGAGAGGGAGGCAAAGAAUAUUUACAAACGCACCUGCUCUGUGUGGUCCCUGCUUCGCUCAGGAAACAAGAACUUCCAGAACUUUCUCUACAUCCCCAGUCAUGACAUGGUGCUGCAGCCAGUCUGCCACACUCGGGCGCUACAGCUGUGGACGUCUGUUUACCUGCCCACCUCCUCCCCCUGCACGGCUGUGGACGAUUCUGUGGAGCUUUACCUCCCCCCAAGUGUCGCAGGAGACGAACUCACUUCCCGUUCCCUGGACAGGCUUCCCAAGACCCGCUCCAUGGACAAUUUGCUGACAGCUUUUGAGAACGGGACACCCCUGACCCGCACUUCCAGCGACCCUAAUCUCAACAAGCACUGCCAGGAGGGUCGCUCUGCCCUGGACCCCUCGCCCGCAAUGGAAGAAGCCUCUGCUGACCGUUCUCACGACGUUAUACCUGACUCUGAUCUGGACAGUGCUGAGGAUGAACCCCUACAUCGGAGCCCCCCCCAAACCCCAGAUGAUGAUGAUGAUGAUGAUGAUGAUGAUGAUGUUCCAGGUGUGGAGAGCAGUGAAGAGACUCUGGAGGAGCCAUGUCUGACCACACAGCCGCUGCCUUCUCUGCCCCUCCCCCCUGUCACUCUGAGGCAGGACGUCACACCUGCUCACACUCCUGUACCCACACCUGUCCUCCAACAGGCUCUGCCUCACAUCACUAACCCUCCACUCCCACCACCCCCACUGGAGGCUGAGAGCCCUGAUAGGACUGCUGAGAGCACCACUUCACCCACUCACAAAUCAGAGCCGUGCUUACCUCUUCCCUGCAACGGCACCCAGCCCGCAGCAUCCACACCCACCUCGCUGAUUAAUGGCCAUGUUGGCAGCCAGGAAAAUGGCCUCCCAGAAUCUGCUGCCCUGCUUGCUCUGAAGCAGCUAACACCACUCCUUCCCAUGGAAGACUCCACCGAGACUCUCACUGAUGAGGGAGAGCUUCCCCCUGUCCUUCCCCCCACAGUGAGCCAGGAACUCACAGAAUAUUUUAAUGGUGAGGAGCAGCAUGACUCACAGCCCCAGGUUCAGCCUCAGAAGGAGAAAGAGGUCACGAGGACAGACGUGGUGAAAGGACGAGAGCGUGUGCUAACAGUUGCCGCAGACUGCACCCAGGUAGCGGCUCGCCAUCUGAUCUCCCAGAGCCAGCUCUCAGACCUGUCCCUGCUUGGUUCUCACUGGGAAAACGUUCGCGGUCUAGUCCAGUCCGCCUGCAGCAGUGCCAGUCCCUCUAGCAUCAGCCGGGCCUUGCAUCCCAACACUUACCAGAGCCGCCGGCUUGCCACUAAGCUGCUCCGCUCCCAGGGCUUUGCCAUCACCAACGGGUCGCAGUGCUGCCGCCGGGAGGCUCUUUGUUGUCCCAGCAGCACUCCGCAGCCUGGGUGGCUGUCUGCAGCCAGGAGCGUGGGCUAUGCUGGCCUUUGUAGUCCUGCUGCUGCUGCCGCUGCUGCCGCCGCCGCCCUCAACAGCUACUCCCUGGCAGGUCACCAGCUCCUGCCAGUGUCAUACACCUCACCCUCUUCUUCUCCUCCUCCACCCCAUGCCCCGGCGUACCUGGACGAUGACGGGCUGCCGGUGCCCAUGGACGCCGUGCAGCAGAGGCUGCGGCAGAUCGAGGCAGGUUACAAGCAGGAGGUGGAGGUGCUGCGGCAGCAGGUGCGACAGCUGCAGAUGAGGCUGGAGAGUAAACAGUACAGCAGCCCUCCCUCAGAGCCAGACAUCGAUUACGAGGACGACAUCACGUGUCUGCGGGAGUCUGACAACAGCAACGAGGAGGAUUCUCUGUCCACCCACAGUGAGGACCGUCUGUCUGAGGGCAGCUGGGAUCGAGUGGAGCGCAAGGACACAGAGGUCACGAGGUGGGUGCCUGACCACAUGGCUUCUCAUUGUUUCAACUGUGACUGUGAGUUCUGGAUAGCCAAGAGACGUCACCACUGCAGGAACUGUGGCAAUGUGUUCUGUAAAGACUGCUGUCAUCUGAAGCUUCCCAUCCCUGACCAGCAGCUCUACGACCCAGUGCUGGUCUGCAACACCUGCCACGACCUGCUGCUCGAGUCCCGCACCCGCGAGAUCCGCAGCCAGCAGCUCAAAAAGGCCAUCGCCACAGCCUCCAGCUGAGAGACACGUCGUGUAGCAUGGCCCGCCUCGGCUCGACCGUCCUGAUGAGCUGAGAUUCUUGCUGUGACCCCAACCUGCUCUGGUUUGUGGCUGCAGGAGAGAGGCUGGUGAAUGUGAGGAGGGAUUGUUACUCUUUUUUGAGGCUCGGUUUGCACUUUGAGACAGUUUGAGAGGAGUUGAAGAGGAAGGGGGGAGGGGGGGGGGAGUGUGAGACGGAGGCGUUGUCCACACAGCCGAGGUUUUUCCCCUGCAGGACCCACUUGUCGUGUUCAAAAACAUUUUCAGUCCGGAGCGCCACGGCGUCCUGCUGUCCCGGGACAACAUGUCCACCACCUUGAGUACCAAACACACCUGCACCGUCCUUACAGACACCGUCUUGCGCUUCAGAGGACAAUCGCUCACCCCUCCCACGUGAUGUGACGGGGUGACUCCAAAGCCUUUACCAGUUCUGUUGGAGGCUUUCAACUCUAAAAGAAAAGGAAUUGCUGCUACAGUGUUUAAAAGUCUAAUUUUGUAUUCUUAUUUUGUGCACUACUAGCUGUCGUAUAUUAGGAGGGAAUUUGAGACCAAACUUGAGCAAAAGGGAGAAAUCUGCUGUUUACUUUGCCAUCGCGUCUUUUUGUUUCUUAGAGCCUGAAUGUAAUAUGUAAAGGGUAACUGGAUGGAGUUUAUGUUCUUGUGCAUUCGGUGGGUUGUAUAUGUGUUCAUUGCUGCAAAUGUCUUUUCAAAAAAACUGAUGUAUAUGCACAGUCAAUGUGGUUCUGUCUUUACCAACGCUUUUCUCCGGUUUGUUCUGGUGGGAAACGGUACGUGCGGACGGACUGACGCGAUGCCGCGUGGAAUGUUUGUUUGUCGUGUCCUGAUGAGAGAAGAAAUGUAGAUAUACUGACGCUGGAACACGCGACGUUGUCUGACGUCAUUCGAAGGUACUGCUGGUUUUUCUGUGACGUGACCGAGGGAACUUUUUUUUUUUUCUGCUGACAUGCUUGAGAGCGAAUGGCUUAACGUGUGUAUAAAGCUUGAUGUCCAUCUGACUGACGACUCCUCACAUUGAGUGGCAGUGAAGACUGAAGUAUGUGCUCGGAGUGAAUUGUUCUGUUCAGGGGAGUUUGGCCACAGUCCCCUUUAACUAUGUGUUCGUCUACUGGUCGUUCUUCGAGACUAUAGUGCCAUACUUUUGUUUUUGUUUUAUUUUUAAAAGCCUUUUUCUUUCUUACGGAUGGCAGCAGGUUUCUUAUUGGCCACUUGUCUGUAUGUUUCAAAGGUACAGAUUAUUAGCUCUUAAAAUAACACUGAGGUAACUAAAUAUUAACAGAUUUGGUAACGAGGCUAAUGGCGUUAAAACGGAUGGUCGGAUGUCACUGAAUUAGUUAACGUGUGCAAUUUAUCCGUCAUCUUAACUAUUGGGAUGUCAUCACAAGGUGAUCAUGAAGAGAAGCUCAGAAAUGUAACAUACAUAGUAAUCUGAUCUGUAGUGGAGGCUACAAGCAGUCACUUAAUGAGUCAUUGUUGUAAAGAAAUGCACUGUAAAAGUUAAAUCCCAUGGGUUAAAAUAAAAGAUUAUAUCAUG